UCCUCAUAUUCUUUCUCACACACUAGCCUUUUUGGCUCUCUCCCCUUCUCUUUAUCUCCACCUCAAUAGCUGUUCUCCGCAAGCUGUUCUUCGUUUCUCUCUCACCUUUCAUCUCCACAAAGCUAUACAGUAGCAGAGGCAUCUGAGACAGAUAGUCAUAAUAAGAAAAGGCAUAAAUAAAAAUGUGUUCUUUAAGCAGUAUGUUGGUUUUUAUGGCUCUGUUCGCUGGUUUGGCUUCUGGGUUUGCUCUGGAAAAGCUUCAUGUUAUCUCCUUUGAUGAGGGUUACACGCAUCUGUUCGGUGACCAGAACUUGGUUGUUCGUAAGGAUGGAAAAUCUGCCCGCUUAUCUCUCGACGAGAGGACCGGGUCUGGGUUUGUGUCAAAUGAUCUGUACCUACAUGGGUUCUUCAGUGCAAAAAUCAAGCUUCCUGCAGAUUACACGGCUGGUGUUGUUAUCGCCUUCUAUAUGUCAAAUGGAGACAUGUAUGAGAAGAACCAUGACGAGAUUGAUUUUGAGUUCUUGGGAAACAUUAGAGGCAAAGAAUGGAGGAUUCAGACGAACGUUUACGGCAACGGAAGCACCCACUUGGGCAGAGAAGAGAGAUACAAUCUCUGGUUCGAUCCAACUGAGGAUUUCCAUCAAUACAGCAUCCUCUGGUCCGAUUCCCACAUCAUAUUUUACGUGGACAACGUUCCAAUCAGAGAGGUGAAGCGGAGUGAGUCGAUGGGCGGUGACUUCCCGUCUAAACCGAUGUCUCUCUACUCCACCAUAUGGGACGGCUCCAAAUGGGCCACCGACGGCGGCAAGUACGGCGUUAAUUACAAAUAUGCCCCUUACAUCGCCCAGUUCUCGGAGUUCGUCCUCCACGGCUGCACCGUCGACCCCAUCGAGCAGUUCCCCACAUGCGACGCUUCGGCCGAGGAUCUCAGCCACGUGGCGGAGCUGACGUCCUCUCAGAGGAGAAAGAUGGAGAACUUCCGGAGGAAACGCAUGACUUAUUCUUACUGCUAUGACCAGACAAGGUACAAAGUUGCUCCGCCGGAGUGUGUGGUCGAUCCGGCUGAGGCCAAGCGUCUUAGGGUUUACGAUCCGGUCACUUUUGGUGACCGUGGCCACCGCCACGGGAAGAGCCGCCACCGGAACCGGGCGGUUUCCGGGUCGGAGGCGAUGUGAGAUGGUAGUGAAUGAGAGAGGGGGUCUCUAUUAAUAAGUCCAUAUUCACAUGAUUUGUUUCUAUAAUACAUUUGGAUUCCUGAUUUUCUGCUAGAGGGGCAUAUUUGUCAUUCGUCUUGUAUAGGAAACUUUGAAAAAGAAAAUAUAUUAUUCAUUGAGAGGUUUGGUGUU